AUGACUAAUGCUCAUCUUCGUUUAUUUAUUUUCACCAGUUCCGAGUCCGCUGCCAUUUACCCAAUACUGAGUGAUCGAUAAUUAAGUUCAUUCGCUUUAUAUUCUAAUUACCUUUACUUUAUGCCUUGCAGUAUGCAGGUACUCUGUUUGCUCAAACGCAACGUCUGCGGAAGUAAAUUAAGCACCUUUAUUUUUGUUCUUUGCUAUUAAGAUGAAAGAAAAAUGGACUUCGUUCUUCAAGAACUUGAGCGAAACAGGCAAAUGGUAAAUCAGAUUGCUUACAAAACAUUUGCAGCAAGUGGAAUAAAUGGUUCCAUUUUUCCCACUGGUCCCAAGGUAUGCUUCCAUCUCAUAAUGGACAUGAAUUUUAUUAUGAUUUUUCGUUGUUAAAUUGGAUUGUUCUAAUUUCUUUUCUUACAAGAGUUUGUGAACCUCCACCGCACAAGUUUGCAGAAAAUUGUACAGGCAAUCAUACGACUUCAAGAUCAAUUUGAAAUUUGGAAUUAAUUUGCACGAGUAUGUUUUUCAAAAAGUAUGGUAAUUGGAAAACGCACCAGAGCAAAUAAUUCAGUCUAAAUUGAACAAGAAAAGUCGUAUGAUCACCCUUUAAGAAUAUAUAGAUUUAGCCAGGGCUAAAAGCGAAGCUGUGGUUAAUAAUACUUGUAAACAAAAGAAAUUAAAUCGUGUAGUGCUAAACGAGGCGGGCAAUGGUCCAAUUUAUACUAGAGACGAGUCAUCCGUCUAGACGGAUAAUUCGUCUAAGUAUAAAUUUGAAGACGAAUUUCGCUCCGUAAUUCGUCUUAGCACUGAAUUUAUACUAGAGACGGAUUAUCCGUCUGAGACGAAUAAUCCGUCUAGACGGAUAAUUUCUCUCUAGUAUAAAUUCGGCCGAUGAAAAUGGAAUCAAGAUCAAUAGAUCUAAUUAACAAAACAACAAAUUGCACAUGCAGCACGCUUUUUGUCUUUUUUGCCGUUGUUUUGCACAACUACAACGCUGUUUUGUAGGACUAAAGCUUCAAACUUCCUAACUAUACAUUAUUUUUAUGGAGGAAUUGUGGUAUGUGCUUACCCAAUAUUUUGUCUUCUGUGUUCAUGUUCGCUUUUAUUUUUCACUGCCGCUCAUUUUCACCUUGCUGGCCGCUAGCUUUUCUCUUUGUCUCACAGCCGCUUUGAAUUUUCAUGUUUUUCUUCCUACAAAAUUCGUCUCUUUUGUUUUUAAUCACUCGCUCUAGCUCUUUUUCUGUUAUCCACGUGAGUGUGAACAUCAAAAAUAGGGUCGAAAAAGACAGGACUUUGAUAUUAUUUUCUCGUUCUAAAAGUCCGGGCGGCCAUGCGAUUUCUUUCCAAAUAAAACCUUGAGUUGCAUUUGGGUUGCCAUACCUAUUGAUUGAAUUAUUUUACAUUGAUAUGUCUGUGGUGCAGACGGACAGUCGGGCGGUCGGUCGGUGUACGGUCACGUGACUACCAAAUUUUCUCGGAUGGGUGGUUUACCACUUUUUUUACCAAUGGUGCUCCGCUGCGCGCACUUCGCGCGCGAGAGCUCCGCAUAUAUGCGGUCAAUGAACUUAACCUUGUCCCAGAGCAGAUAAUGCCUGGUCUUAUUGGAAACAGCUGAAGUUUGAGUUCGCGAAAGCCGUAUAUCUCAAUUGUGCUCCUUGAUCCGUUCAUACAUCCACUUUCCCGUCUCGCCAAUGUAUACUUUACCGUGUUCACAAGGAAUCUUAUUCAAUACUCCAUCUUGUUUUCGUACAUCAACAGCAUCCUUAAGUCCUAGUAAGUGUGAUCUCAGUUAAUAGGGACCUUAAGCAUCGACAACGAAAUACAUGACGACGACGUUUGUAACCCAAGGAGGAUUGGGUCGAAUCUUUCGUUCUCGGCGGGAAAAACGAAAGUUAAGCAGUGUGUUGUUUUUUGGAGACGACGAUUUUUGGUUAUCUGACAAGUAGCUCUAGCUAUAUGGCUUUCAAAAACGUCCGAAAUCUACUUCUAAUUAAUCACAACGAUGGCUUUAUCAAUGAUGAUGAAUUUGUUGUUCUGUACGACCUCUAUGCAUCGAAAAACCUCGACUUUCCGUGCGAUUCGUACGCACCUUUUGACAUGGAAGAGCGUGAUAAGUCUGAGAGUUUUGCAGAGUUUCGCUUUGGAAAACGAGAUAUACGAAUUCUGAAGGAAGUUUUGCCAAUCCCUGACACGAUAACCUGCAGUCAGCGCUCCGUUUGUGAUGGACUAGAAGGUCUGUGCAUGCUGCUAAAGCUGCUUUCUUACCCAUGCAGAUAUGCAGACAUGGUCCAUAGAUUCGCUAAACCUGUUCCAGUUCUUAGCAUGAUCACCAAUCAAAUGAUUGACUUUGUGUAUAAUGUUCACGGGAAUAGAGUACUUAACUGGAAUCACGAGGUCCUUAGUCCUGUCAACCUGCAGACUUAUGUUGAUGCUGUGACAGCCAGGGGAGCCCCACUGCCCAAUUAUUUUGGGUUUAUUGACGGUACCGUUAGGCCUAUAUCAAGACCUGGAGAACAUCAGCGACUUCUUUACAAUGGGCAUAAAAGGGUUCAUGCCCUGAAAUUUCCAUUGCUUUGCCAAAUGGCUUGAUCGGAAAUCUAUAUGGCCCAGUUGGUAAGUUACAAAACAGUACAGGCCACCAGCUUUAAAGCAGGGAUGUGACCAAAUGUUUAUUUUUGUAGACCUUGCACUUAUUUUAAAAAAGGAAAAAAAAUGAAAAAAAAUGAAACAUUUUUCAAGGCUAUACGACAGGCUAAAUUUAUUGAUUUUCUUGUUCAAUAAUGAUUACCAAGGUGAGAUCACCCCAACAGUUUAUUGGGAGCAUAGCCAGAGAGAAGAGGGGACUGUCCCCCUUCCCCCCUUGAAAUAAAUAUAAACUCAAUAUGAAAUUAGGAAAAAGUUUCUGAAGUACGCAUAUAAUCAACAGCUUAUGCAACCCAAUUGUCCGCAGCCUUUACUCUUACACUGAUACCUACCAUCACCUACCUAUUUUUAGAAGGAAGAAAACAUGAUGCAGGAAUGCUUGCUGAUUCACAGCUACUACACGACCUUCAUCGGUUUGCCUACAAUUCAGCUGGCCAGGCAGUCUGUGUUUGACCCUGCCACCCCCUUAGGUGGCUAGGACCCAGAGGCCACAAAUUGUACAAUACAGAGAUGAGUGCUGUUAGAAGUUCUGUUGAAUGGCUGUUCGGAGAUGUAAUCAACUCGUUUAAGUUUAAUGACUUUAAAAAAGAUCUGAAGCUUUUCCUCAGCAGUUUUGGAAAGAUCUAUGUUGUUUCUAUCAUACUGCGUAAUGCAAAGACAUGCUUGUAUGGUAACAUGACCUCAGAAUUUUUUGACCUUAGGCCACCUACUCUUGACACAUACUUUGGCUAGGAAACCACACUAUUGCUCAGUUUACAAUGCCUUUGAUAAAAUAUGUAUCAAAACCUUAUAACUGCAGUUAAACAUGGUAGAUAUUUGUAUGCUGAUAACUUAAGACUAUUUCUCACACCAUUGAACUUUUUAAAGAGAAAAUGAAUUAUACUAAAAUUAAGCACAAUUUUGUUUCUAAAAUUUUUCUAUUUUUCAAGAAAUGUUAUUGUAACUAUUGAUUUAUUUCCCAACUUUAUUUUCCAUUUUUCAGAAAACUGUGGUUAAUUAACUUAAAUUAAUUUUAUAAAUAUAAAAUAAAAGAGAUUUAUCCAAAAAAAUUAAGCAUAACAUUGCAGAGUCAGGCUAUUUUUUUGGAUUUCCUUCAUCAAACAUUUUACAAAUAUAGGAGCCCAGGGGCCUGUUUGUUGGCGGUUGGGCUGGCACUAACCCAGGACGUUUACCGUGGUGACUUAAUGAAUUUUUACAGAGUCAACCCUGAGUGAAAGCUACCCCAAUCUAACAUGACUGAAUGAAGAUACCCAUGCUUCUUUUAGAGAUUUUGCCUUAAUGAUGCAUAUGCUCGAAAUUGGCUCAAUUUCUAGAGUGGACUCACUAAAUGUAAGAAAUACUAUGAGCUAAUUACAUAAAAGCUCAGCUAAUCAAACAAUAGAAAAAAAAUAGACCCAGCUAUAAAUACUAUUCUUAAGAUUUAUUUUGUGCAUUUAGUGACUGUACAUUAGGGGAAAGUUUGGGCAUUUAGGCCCCUUUGUACAGAAAAAAACAUCUGUCUAUUAGCAAAAACAAUGUUUUAUUUCUUCUAGAAACUUUACAAAACUCUCUAUAGAAAGAAAUAUAAUUACAUCCAUCAACAAUGCUCUUGAAGAUAACUAAAGUCAUAACAAAAGUCAACUCAACAAGUUCAGGGCUCUUCCACAGUCAUAAGGUUCGAGCUUAAUGCUUUUUUAUAUUUUCCAUCACUGCCAUAAAUACCUUGUUUUGCUGGUCAAGCAUAAUUUGAAGGUUUUGCUGUUGAAGCUGCUGCUGUUGCUGCAUCGUGUUGAUCAGCGCUGAGAACAUGGUCUGUUGCUGCUGCGCAGCCUCCUCUUGUUUGGUUUCUGCUAGAUCAAGCUCUCUUUUUCUGAUGGCAAACUCUUCCUUUUUCAAUUCUCUCUCUUUCUCUGACUUCUCGGCCAAAAAUCCGAUUGCAUCAGAGGUGCUCCUCCUCAAUUUAGCCUUUUUUGGUUUCUCGCCACUAUCAUCGCUCUUUCUAAUUGCAAUUGUCUGAAGAGCCGCCUGUCUGAUUUCCUCUGCUUUAGCUUUUUCUUUCUCAUCUUUUGCCUUCCUCUCGUUUCUCAAGGCGUCACUCUUUUCUUCUGCGCUUUUCUCUCGCUCGCGAAUUUCCUCCAGCAAGGCAUCAAGCUCUGUGAGCUCGGGGACAUCUAUCCCAAAGGCUUUCUCUUCUUCUCUUUGCUUUAGUUUGUGCCGGGAGAUCAGGAGUCCAUAUCGAUCUCUCACUGCCCUUGCUGCAACCCUGAAUUAUGGAGUCUUCAGAGAAUUCAAAUAGGCUGCGAUGCUUUCCCAUACUUUUCGGUGCUUUUCGGUUUAAAAUUGUAAGGUUCGCUCGUUACAGCUUCGCAAAGCAUCAAGACAUCAUGGUCUUCCGUCCAAACAAAAUACCUGCACUUACUCGCUGUCAAAAGAACACGAAAAUAUAUAUUUUUAAAGCAAAACUGAAGUUUUAUUAUCUUGAAGUGCAACUUCAAAUUAGCACAGUGACAUGCAGGUCUAAAAUAAGAAGAACAUGACUUCAAAUAUCCCAAAAUUCUCCUUAAAGAAAUCAGUACAGAAAAACUUACAUUUCUUUUGAACGAGUUCUUGCUCGGCUGUAGAAAUGUGGCCUGCCAUGGUUUCGGAUGCUUCUGAAAGAAAGUCAUUUUAGUCUGUUAAAAAUAGCUAAACUGUUAAACAUUUGACUUCUGCUGGUCCGCAAAUAAUACAUCAAACAGUCAUUAUAACAAAAGGUGGAAACAGAUGAUUAUCAGCAUGAAAAAGUUUAGGACGUUUUCAUCAGAGCGAAAAAUGAUUAGUCGUCGACGAAGGCUGGACGACGUUUUGAAAAACGUUACCCAGAAGGUUCGCGGGAAAAUUUCACUUCCGAUCGGCAUCGUCGUCCCAUUUACAUUUCGUUCGAUGUUAAUCUUUUGAAAACGGAUCGUAUGGCAACGACCCUUUUGAUGUAUGGCUGUAGAAUUAAUUUCGGCUGUGGGUUCUUUUAAUUAUUAGAUGCCUUUGUCCAUUCGCAAACUUAAAGGUGUCUGGCAGCAGAUUGCGGCACCUGAUUGGUCCUUAUAUUAUUUUUUAGCCAAUCACAGUGUUCCUUUCUCUGAGAUAUUUGCAUUUUAUUUCAUUUUUUUUUCAGUGCAUUAUGUUUCCUCGUUUUGCACUGUUUAUACUAAACACUGCAUAUUUGAACUCUGCCAAUUCACAUUGAAGAAAUCUUUCAAUAUACAUUAUUAAGUACGGAAUAAUAUUACGUAAAUAAGUAGUUUUGGGUUGACCGACUUUAAUAAAUAAACGCGCUUCUUCCAGGCCUGGCAAAAAGGGAAUCAGAAUCAAGGAUGUCUUUUAAUUUGUGAAGGAAGCAAACUUUGCGGCAUAUGCAAAGAUAUAAACUAUCGAGCUGAAUAUCACGGUGCAAGAUACAAGUUCCCUUUUCUCCAGAUUCGCCCCAUUUUGAGGUACGUCGUAUUUAAGUAAGCCAGGAAAAGUAUUUUUCAAAAAGAGUGGAUACAAUUUUUAACAAAAAUUUCAGCUGAAAUAUAGAUUCUGAUCGUUUAAAUGUUAUUUCAAGUCAGAUUUGAUGUGGCUGUGAAUCUACCACCCAGAAAGCAUUAGUAUUUUUUUCUAUCAGUUAUUACUUACAUCUUUUUAUCUAGGUUCUUAUUCAGGAAACUGGAAAAAGACGGCUUUUAGGAUUGGGUGUUGUUGGUGAAUAUUAUGGAAAUCAUGCCCUGCCGGGUUGGCUAAAAGGAUCCGUGGGAUAUCACAUUGAUGAGGGAAAAAUAUUUGACGCAAACAACCCUACAAAGGGAAGAGAGUACGAAGGUAAGGAAAAAGAGCUGAAGAAAAUUAACUUGGAGGAUAACUAAUCCUUUCAGUUUUCGAGUUAGUUUUAGAGACUUAAGGGAAUUUUUACGUAAAAACGUCUAUUGUAUGACAAGACCAAUGAAAUUUCUUCCUUCCAUAUGUUAUAAAUUUUCCAAAUUAGAUUUGAAAAGGAGAACGAUUUAAUAAUUACCAUCUCACAAGAGUGAGGUUGCGAAAAAAUCACGAGUCCCACGGACAAGAUUUUACCUCAUGCACCAAUUGAUACUACAUGUGAGAUUGAACACGUGACCAGCACACCGCAUGAGCAACUGGCAAACCGUACGAGGUACUCGGUUAUUUUGAGAAGGAAAAUCAACUUAUCCAAGCAGCGCGCACACGUACGAAACGACUCCUUCCAUCACCUGUCCUGUAACAGAAGAAAAAAACUUGCAAUUCUUUAAUUCCCGGCCUCGAAAGGUCGGCUUCGGAGGCGAGAACGAGAUCAAGAGGCAAGAGGGCUAAGACGAAUCAGGAUGGCGCUUCCGCUGCAACAGACAGUAGCCGAACGAACAGUCACGCGUAAAGUCAAAGACUUCACAGAAUCACUAAACCCAACCUGGAAAGACACACUUCGACAAUGGGCUCUGCUGUAAAUCAAAUCGGUUCAAAUACCGAGGAAUUAAUGGAAAAAUUUCUAGGAAUGAUACAAACAGUCGCUCAAAAAAAAGCGUCCGAGUGGGCAAUCAAAAUUGAAUGCAACGCUGGAAUCUUUGGGAGAAAACUCACUAAACGAAAUAUUGCUAACGGGAGAACCGUUCAUCACCUUCUUUAGAUGGUCAUUUUUGGCACAGAGUUGAUGAACUUGUAAUUAAAAGACCUCACAAUGAGGGUCACACUCAAGCAAGCUACAGACAUUCUCAUGUCCUCAUGGAGAGCAUCCGUACAACAACAACCUGGUCCCUUCAUCAAACAAUGGUUGGACUUUCUAGUAAAAGGAACAGGGAUCACAGCUCGCCCACUUUGGAACUGUAAUUGAUUUCUUAACGUCUCUGUUUACCAAAGGUCUGGGUUAAAGUUGCAUUAAUACAGCCAGGUCUGCAUUAUCGUGCAUUAUGUAUACAGACGCAAUAUUUUGUAAUUGUUCGAUUCAUCAAGAUGUGUUUGAGAAUCGCCCUGCUCUUCCAAGGAACAAAAUUGUGUGGGACAUUGUCACCUGUUGAUCGAUUGUCCCUUAAAAACCUUUCACUCAAAACUGUCACACUGUGGUUCUAAUUUAUGCCCAACGUUUGCAGACUAUACAUAAACCAAACCAGAAAGACAUCAAGCAGCAUUGGAGUUUACUGCUUAGCCAGAGGAACCUGAUUUUAGCAUAGUUUCCACUAUUGCUGCUUAUAUUAAGAGGACUCGGGGGAACUCAGGCGAAAUCAAACUGCCCUGUUUAUCGGCUUUACUAAACCACACAUAGUGGUGAGUAAGUCUACUAUUGCACCAUAGGAUAAGAUCACCUUACAACUGAAAUAUAGGUGUUGAUAUGGCCAUGUUCACACCGCACAGUACCCGAGCUGCAUCAUCCACAAGCAAAGUUGAUACUUCAGUCUUUUAGAUGACCAAGUUCUACCCACCUAUAUGGCAUCACCAACAUAAAUCUAAAUCUGUUCCUUCCGCCUCGUUUAAAAUAUGCAGUUUGCAGGUCACGUGCUCAAUCUCACGUAAUCCCUACGUAUCUCUACUGGAUCGAUACACUUACAAUCAAUCUUUAACUUAAGGUAAGUCUGGUUUAAUUUUUAAUUAGCAUUAGUUUUAGCUAUGGCCAACCAAAGACGGGCGGGUUCUAUCCACUGAAGAGCAAGGAAAUUAAACAGGUUUAUUCCUUGACUCGCAUUCAACAACUGUCGAAAGCGUACUAUACUAAAAGGUAAACUGGAAAGCAGCAACAACAUGCAACAAGGUAACGGACGGACGCAAUAUCUAACUUCCCAGAGUGUUGAGAGUUGUUGGCCAACAAUGUUAAGUCCGUUUGCACGAGGCUUAGCAUUACAAAUACCGAGGUCUAAUUAGCCAAAGCUUUAAAGCGCUUCAUAUAAUUCAUUUAGGUCUCCUCGCCAUUGUCAGGCCGCAGUGUUUGGCCAAGUAAUUAAACUUAUUUUCCAAAUUUUCUUUGCAGGCGCCAUGGCCUACAGAGGGGACUUGAUUGGCUGCACAGUCAAGUUUGACUUGGCAAAAGAUGGGAAAGUUCCAAUCGUGUUUUAUUUAAACGGAAGGCCGAUCACUGAGCAUGAAAAUGAGAUAUUAAUGGAGUACACUCACAAUGGGAAAUUGUAUCCCUACAUUGGUAUGGGACACACAGGAUUAAGAGUGCUGGCAAAG